CUCUCAACUGUUUUCUUGAUCUGAACUUUCUAAUUGUGUUUGUGAUUGAAAUUCGGUCUCAGGGCAAUCUACACAGACAUUUAAAUGUGUAUAUAUAUAUAUAUAUAUAUGUAUGUAUGUAUGUAUGUAUGUAUAGGUUUGCUAAUUAGAAGCUUGGUUUUUUCUGCGGGUAAUAUAGGUUAAUCUGAAAGAAGGAAAAAACGAUGGAGUGGGCGACGGUGCAGCAUGUGGAUCUACGCCAUGUCGGGCAUGGCCUUAAACCCUCGCAACCUCACGCCGCCGCGUUCCAUCCUCAUCAGGCCCUCGUUGCUGUUGCUAUCGGAAACUACAUCGUUGAGUGUGAUGCCAUAACAGGAUGCAAGAUCUCGUCUAUUAACAUUGGUGCACCGGUUGUCACAAUGUCUUACAGUCCUACAAGUGGACAUGCUGUGAUUGCAAUCCUUGAGGAUUGUACAAUUCGUUCCUGUGAUUUUGAUGCCGAGCAAACUUGUGUGUUGCAUUCACCGGAAAAGAAAAUGGAACAAGUUUCUUCAGAUUCUGAAGUUCAUCUUGCUUUGACUCCUCUCCAACCUGUGGUGUUUUUUGGUUUCCAUAGAAGGAUGAGUGUUACAGUUGUUGGAACUGUUGAAGGGGGGAGGGCACCAACAAAAAUAAAGACAGAUCUGAAGAAACCUAUUGUCAAUCUUGCUUGCCAUCCACGACUCCCUGUUCUGUAUGUGGCUUAUGCGGAUGGUUUGAUUCGAGCAUACAACAUUCAUACUUAUGCUGUUCAUUAUACAUUACAAAUUGAUAACACCAUAAAGCUUAUGGGUGCUGGUGCAUUUGCUUUUCAUCCUACAUUGGAAUGGAUAUUUGUUGGUGAUCGAAGGGGUACACUUCUGGCAUGGGAUGUUUCAACUGAGAGACCUAAUAUGAUUGGAAUUACGCAAGUGGGUUCCCAGCCAAUAACAUCAGUUUCUUGGCUUCCAGUAUUGCGGUUGGUUGUAACAGUGUCCAAGGAUGGAACCCUUCACUGGUGGAAGACACGGGUUAUGCUUAAUCCUAAUAGACCUCCAAUGCAAGCAAAUUUUUUUGAGCCUGCUGCUAUUGAAUCAAUUGAUAUCCCGCGCAUCCUUUCUCAGCAGGGUGGGGAAACAGUUUAUCCCUUGCCACGGAUUAAAGCUUUAGAAGUUCACCCCAAAUUGAAUUUAGCAGCAUUACUAUUUGCGAAUAUGACAGGUGGAGACAAUGUCAAAAACAGGGCUGCAUUCACUAGGGAAGGAAGGAAACAACUAUUUGCAGUUUUACAGAGUGCGAGAGGAUCCACAGCAUCUGUUUUGAAAGAAAAGCUUUUAGCCUUGGGUUCAUCUGGAAUAUUAGCCGACCAUCAACUUCAAGCGCAAUUGCAAGAGCAUCAUCUGAAAGGCAGUCAUAGUCAUGUUACUAUAUCAGACAUUGCACGGAAGGCUUUUCUUUUUAGUCAUUUUAUGGAAGGUCAUGCUAAAAGUGCUCCAAUAUCUCGGCUGCCUCUCAUCACUAUAUUGGAUGCUAAACAUCAUUUGAAGGACCUUCCAGUUUGUCAGCCAUUUCACCUGGAGCUAAAUUUCUUCAAUAAAGAGAAUCGUGUUCUUCAUUAUCCUGUUAGGGCCUUCUACCUGGAUGGCUUAAACCUUAUGGCAUAUAAUCUGUCUUCUGGGGCUGAUAGUAUCUACAAGAAACUUUAUACAUCGAUUCCUGGAAAUUUGGAGUACCAUCCGAAGUAUUUGCUUUACAGUAAAAGAUACCACCUAUUUCUCGUUGUCUAUGAGUUUAGUAAUGCUGCAAGUGAAGUGGUGCUUUAUUGGGAAAAUGCUAAUUCUCAGACAGCCAAUAGUAAAUCUAGCACAAUGAAAGGUCGAGAUGCAGCAUUUGUUGGCCCCAAUGAAAAUCAGUUUGCGAUUCUUGAUGAUGAUAAGACAGCACUGGCUUUAUACAUUCUUCCAGGAAAUGCUUCAAAAGAUGCAAAUGAAAAGAAUUUGUUAGCUGAUGAGAACCAACCUGUGGAUGGUGAUGCUAAUUCUGUCAAGGGUCCAAUGCAGUUUAUGUUUGAAACUGAAGUUGAUCGCAUCUUUUCUACUCCAAUAGAGUCAACCUUGAUAUUUGCUUCUCAUGGGAAUCAGAUUGGCUUGGCAAAGUUGGUUCAAGGAUACCACCUUUCAAAUUCUGAUGGUCAUUAUAUAUCAACAAAAACCGAAGGGAAAAAAUAUAUCAAGUUGAGAUUAAAUGAGACUGUACUUCAGGUUCACUGGCAAGAAACUCUAAGAGGCUAUGUUGCUGGAAUCAUAACGACACAUAGGGUGCUUAUGGUUUCAGCAGAUCUUGAUAUACUGGCUGCCAGUUCGACAAAAUAUGAUAAAGGACUUCCUUCAUUCAGAUCCCUUUUAUGGGUUGGGCCUGCUCUUCUAUUUUCUACUGCCACUGCAAUUAGUGUGCUUGGCUGGGAUGGAAAAGUGAGAACCAUUCUCUCUAUCAGUACACCUCAUGCAGUUUUGGUUGGUGCACUAAAUGAUCGUUUGUUGCUUGCUAAUCCAACUGAAGUAAAUCCCAGACAAAAAAAGGGAGUUGAGAUUAAGAGCUGUCUUGUUGGGCUUCUUGAACCUCUUCUUAUUGGAUUUUCCACAAUGCAAGAGAGAUUUGAACAGAAGCUUGACCUUUCAGAAGUAUUAUACCAAAUUACGUCAAGGUUUGACAGCCUGCGUAUCACUCCAAGGUCUCUUGAUAUUCUUGCUAGAGGCUCUCCUGUUUGUGGAGAUCUUGCAGUAGCAUUAUCCCAAUCAGGCCCACAAUUCACUCAGGUAUUGCGGGGUGUCUAUGCUAUCAAAGCUCUUCGGUUUUCUACUGCUUUAUCUGUUUUGAAAGAUGAGUUUCUGCGUUCUAGAGAUUAUCCAAAAUGCCCUCCAACCUCUCAUUUGUUCCACCGUUUCCGUCAAGUGGGCUAUGCUUGUAUCAAGUUUGCUCAGUUUGACAGUGCAAAAGAAACCUUUGAAGUUAUAGCAGACUAUGAAAGCAUGCUUGAUCUCUUUAUUUGCCACCUUAACCCUAGUGCUAUGCGGCGUCUCGCUCAAAAGUUGGAAGAAGAUGGCACUGAUUCUGAAAUGAGGCGGUAUUGUGAGAGGAUCUUAAGAAUUCGCUCUACAGGGUGGACUCAAGGCAUUUUUGCCAACUUUGCUGCUGAAAGUAUGAUUCCUAAAGGACCUGAGUGGGGUGGUGGAAAUUGGGAAAUUAAAACCCCCACUAACUCGAAAGCCAUACCUCAGUGGGAGCUGGCUGCUGAGGUGAUGCCAUACAUGAAAACUGACGAGGGUACUAUCCCAUCUGUAAUUGCUGAUCAUAUUGGUGUUUACUUGGGUUCAAUUAAAGGAAGAGGUAACAUUGUAGAAGUAAGGGAAGAUAGCUUGGUCAGAGCUCUUGCACCUGCAGGUGGAGACAACAAGCCAAAUGGUCUUCAAACGAUUCCAGGAAAAUCUAUAUCUGUCAAGUCCAAAGAAGUUCUAGAUGGUGAUUCCAAAGGUGAUUCCUUGAUGGGUCUGGAAACCCUUACCAAACAGUUUGCUAGUUCCGGCGCUGCUGAUGAACAGGCUAAAGCUGAAGAAGAAUUCAAGAAAACCAUGUAUGGUGCUUCUGCUGAUGGCAGUAGCAGUGAUGAGGAAGGAGUGUCGAAAGCUAGAAAGUUGCACAUUAGAAUACGAGACAAGCCGGUUGGUUCUACUACAGUGGACGUGAACAAGAUCAAAGAAGCCACAAAGCAAUUCAAGCUGGGUGAAGGGUUGGGUCCACCUAUAAGUAGGACCAAGUCAUUGACUAGUGGGCCCCAGGACCUUGGUCAACUUUUAUUCCAGCCAUCUCCAGCGAAUAGUGGAUCAGUGUCUGCUGCUGCAGGUUCUGCAGCUGGCGAUCUGUUUGGUACAAACUCAUUGAUGCAAUCUACAGUAGUGUCACAUCCAGGUCUCAUGGUUCCAGGUGCAGGAGUUACAGCUGGCCCCAUUCCAGAGGACUUUUUCCAGAAUACCAUUCCUUCCUUCCAGGUUGCGGCCUCACUUCCCCCUCCUGGGACGUUUCUUUCAAAAUUGGAUCAAGCUUCUCGAGGAGUUGAAAGCAACAAUGUUAUGCCUAACCAGAAUAAUGCAUCUCAAGCUGAUAUUGGUCUCCCUGAUGGUGGUGUUCCCCCUCAAGCUGCACAACAUGUUCCACUGGAGUCUGUUGGGCUUCCUGAUGGUGGCGUUCCACCGCAAUCCUCAAGCCAGGUUGCUGGAUUGUCACAGUUUCAGAUCCAGGUUGCUGGCCCAUCACAGACCCAGACUCGGGCAGCACAAGUACCACUUUCCACACAACCUCUUGACCUCAGCGCUCUUGGGGUUAAUGAUGCAGAUGCUGGAAAACCUCCAGCACAUCCUCCUCAACCAUCUGCUGUGCGUCCUGGACAGGUUCCUCGUGGUGCUGCUGCCUCUGUAUGUUUCAAGAUUGGAAUUGCUCACCUUGAUCUGAAUCAACUUUCAGACGCAUUAUCUUGCUUUGAUGAAGCUUUUCUUGCACUAGCUAAGGAUCAGUCACGUGGAGCUGAUAUUAAAGCUCAAGCAACCAUUUGUGCUCAGUACAAGAUAGCAGUUAAUCUCCUUAAGGAAAUCGGACGGCUGCAAAAAGUCCAUGGAGCCAGUGCAAUUAGUGCAAAAGACGAGAUGGCAAGACUCUCACGCCAUCUUGGUUCCUUGCCACUUCUUGCAAAGCACAGGAUUAAUUGCAUCCGAACUGCAAUUAAACGGAACAUGGAAGUGCAGAAUUAUGGUUAUUCGAAGCAGAUGCUUGAACUCCUGCUAUCCAAAGCACCGCCUGGUAAGCAGGAAGAAUUUAGGAGCCUAAUUGACAUUUGUGUUCAGAGGGGUUUGUCCAAUAAGUCUAUUGAUCCGCUGGAAGAUCCCUCCCAGUUUUGUUAUGCCACACUUAGUCGUCUAUCAACCAUUGGAUAUGAUGUUUGUGAUCUCUGUGGGGCCAAAUUUUCGGCUCUUGCAACACCUGGAUGCAUUGUUUGUGGCAUGGGAAGCAUUAAAAGAUCAGAUGCACUCUCAGGGCCCGUUGCUACACCAUUUGGCUGAUAAGUUAAAAUGUGUGAGCAGUUUACUGCUUUGUAGAUGACCUGAAGAAAUUGGCGUGUAAUUUUGUAGCCGACAUGUCUCCCAAAGGAUGAUGAAUAUUUUGGAGAGUAGCCAGUGCGUAAUAGGUAUAUAUUGUAUCAUUGAUUUGUUUGUAUUUGCAUUCUUUUUACAUGCUAAAACAAUCCCCCUUGAUUAUUGUCAUUUUUGUUGUUUGCUAUUUUUGUCAUGGUAAAAAUCAUCGGUAUUACAGUUUUAUAAUACUAUAUUCAUUUUGUAAAAACUUGGGUGUUCAGGUAUAUAUAGAAAGCAUUUUCGUUUA